GUCAGUCGUUGUUAGCAUACAAACGAUAAUACGUCACGAAGAAGUUGGUGUUUUUUUUUUGGACUACCUUUUCUUCGAAUCGAAUAUCGAAGAUACAACUGAACAUAAAAAAAACUAACAGAAAUCCACUGUGCGUUUCAUUUAAUAGAAAAAAAUCCAACCUGUUACCACUAGCUAAGGCAGAGAAGGUGCUUAAACUAUCGAUCAAUAAAAUCCAUAGCUAAGCUUAAGUCAAUCUACACACAGAAACACAAGUACACAGCAAAAACAAAGACGCAGCAAAAAUAAGCGAAUAUAAAGACUGAGCAACAUCCAAGGAACAAAACCAACAACUUGCAACAUUAUAAGCAAUCUCUCUAUUAUACAAUUGCACUGAUAAAACUCUAAAAACUUAACGUAUAUUGAUCUCAUUGAAACAACAAUCUUCUAGAAGUUAACUCCAAAAAGCAAUACGCAAGCUAUCCGUACAGCGAACAGUAGCAUCCGUACAUCCGAGGACCGAGUGGAUUGUAUAAUGUUUAGCAGUCUCGCAACGUUUCUAUUUGGAGCGCAAGCAACUGACGAGUCAACUCAAAGUAACGAAUUAUCCAAUCCCGGCAACGGCGGCAGCAACAACAACGAUUCUGGCAACGAUCAGGUCGCUGGAGAUGUAAUUGAGGUGACCUCAUCAACGCCAUCGGUAACGGGCAAUAAUCGAGGCACUGUGCGCAGCAAUAAUAACGGUAAACGUGGUGGGGGCAGCGCCAAAAAUCGUCGGGGCAAACAGCGACAGCAGCAACAUAAACAGCCGCCAACUAUAACGAAGCUACUCACUCCUAGCGGGGGUAUUAGCAUUGACGAGGACUUUGACGAGGACGAAUGGUAUAUUGUCGAAAAGGAAGACGAAGAGGAGGAUUCUCUGCCACGCAGCGACUCCGAGGAGGAGCUAUCGGUGGUGGAACUUCAGCCGAAAGCAGGAUCUGCAAGCCAUGGCCUUGCAUCAUCGGCGGCUGCAUCGGCGCGCCGCCGUCAGCAUAUCAACUCGCAUUCCCUUUACAGUGGACCGCGGCCACAGCAGCAGCGCAAUUAUAUGCAACGCUCGCGCGUAAAUCGGCCAUUAAGCAUCUCAACCCUAAGCCCGCCCAGAAGUGUGCCGUCAUGUGCUGGCGUGUCUGACACUGACAAUAAUGUGAGUCAGUCACUGUAUGUUGCGGCGGCAGCUACGGCUCCGGCAUCACCUUGUGGCAGUGAGCAGGGUGGUCAAGCUAAUGGCGUGCUCAUGGAGGAGUCCUGGUACGUAACACCGCCACCAUGCUUCACCUCGAUUGGGCCAAUCAAUAUGGAAACUUCACCAUUUGAGAAUCUAUUGAUUGAGCAUCCAAGCAUGUCCGUUUACCGUAGUAUUAGGCCCACUCAGGAGGGCACUGAAAGUUUUGUAAAUCUUGAUCUCGGGGCAGCAGAAGUGUCACAGCAGCAGGAGCACGAAUCACUGGAGGAUGCACAGGCCGUUUCAGAGCCUGCAAAUAUCGUGCAGGAACAGCGUUCUUCGCACAACGCACGUUUCGAUCGUCAUGCGGCGGCUCAGCUGAAGCAACAGACUCUGGCUCGCCAAAGCCAGAAGAGCAACAACAAGAAGCAGCACCAGCAGCUAUGUCGCAGCGCCAUCAAACGUUCGAAUAAGGUUCGCGAUUUUCAGGCCAAGGCCAACCGGCCGCGUCGUUCGGACAUGCAACACUGCAAGUUGGUCAGUGGCGCCAACAACAACCGCAAAUGCUGCUUCUAAGCCUCCCUCCAACCACAAUCCCUCUUUCUAAAUAUGAAGGAUUACAAUUAUAUAUAGAUAUAUAUAUAAAAAUAUCUUCAAACAAUCAUGGCAAGAUCAGCAUCAGUUUUAAUUAGUAUUUUAACCGCAACCACAAAAAAAAAAUAAUAUAUAUAUAUAUAAAUAUCAAAAUUUAGCAACACUAAAAAUAUUAAUAUAAAACUAUGUAAAAAAAAAACCAACAAUGAAAAAAAAAUAUAUUCAUACAUAAAUAACUAUAUAUAAUUAUUGGUGUAAAUCUGUAGAUUUUAAAUGUUCACAGUUUCAAUUUAAAACAAAGAAGGAAAACAACAAAAACUACCAAAAAAAUGCAAUAAAAAUUUUAAACUAUACAUAUUAAACCAAAACAAAAAUUACAAAAACUAUAAAAAAUGUCAAAAAAAAAGAAUGAAAGGAUUGUAACAAAAAUAUUAUAUUACAGUAGAUCUAAUAUUAUUUAUUUAAACAAAAGAAACACCCACGAUUAUAAUUAAUUUCUAUAAAAAGCUUAUGUUAAUCGAAUGAUUGAAGGAAUUUAGUUUUAAAUCUAACAAGUCGACAAAACGCUACAAAAAUUCAAGGGAUCUGAUUCUCUGAUGUAUGGUUUACCUAUUUUUUUUUUUUUGUUUUUGUUUAUGACAAUGUAUUAUUAUUAUGCUUGAUGAAUCGGAUCUUUAUCUAUGUAAAUGUGUAUGCUUGAUUAUGUUGAUGAAUAUGAGAAAUGAAAAAAGGAUAUCAAAUGGGACAAAAAGUAUGAAAAAAAGUGUGAAAAUAUAGAAAAGAAACAAACAAAAAAAGUAUAAAAUAUAGAAAAACACAAUAAAAAUGACUAAGCUAAAAC